AUGGCGCAGCGUAAGAACGACGCCAGCCUCGGCGCGUACACCAAGCUCGCGCUGGACAUUGAAAAGUGCGAAGUGUACAACCCGACGCAGUGGCGCCAAGUGCUGCAGCGUGCCCACGCGCGCCUCGACGCGCCGAAGCGGAGCAAGAAGCGCCCGCGCGACGUGUCGAGCCAUGCGCAUUGUCCGUCACUUAACGCUUACUUGCACCAGCCCGACAUGGUCGCGGACCUUCUCCAGCAGGCGGCUACUAUCGAAACGUCACCGCUGCGCCGCGGCAGUAGCAGCACCAGUCUUCGGCGGCGCAGCAGCGUCGUACAACCUGAAGAGACGGGUCGUGUCUCGCUGCCCAUCUUGCGUGUGCUGACGCCCCGAACGCGGCAGUGGGUCGCGCGCUUGCCCAAGCCGCGGGACGCCGACGUCGCUGCGGUCAACCAGCUCGAGGCGUUCGCGGACGAGGCCAUCCACGCGCGCCACGUCACCUCCUUGGCGCGGCUCAGCCACCGACAGAACGUGUACGGCAAUCUGGUGCGGGGCACGAGUCCCACCAAGCCAUUGCUGGGUGGACGCCGCCAACGAGGUGCGCCGGCGCUGGCGAUGGACGCCGUAGAGCGUCGGCGCAUGGCACUCGAAGACAUCAACGUUGCGCUGCUGUGCCAUCGACGCGAGGUCAUUAUGACGCACCAGUCCACGUUGCAGAUACCACCGACACCGACGCGGUCGCACGACAAGGAAGCCUCGGAAGCCAUUCAAAUGCAAAUCGACGACCGCGAUGUCUCGGACAGCACCCUGGCCACGUGGCUCGCGUGGCACCGGGAUGUUGAAAAGAAGCACUUGACCCACCUCCACGAGGAGCACGAGACGCACGUGGCCGACGCACUUCUUCAAGAGCGCCGCGUGGCGAUGGCAACAACGUCGCUCCAGUCCACGCUCCAGAGCGUGCAGCGCUGGCUGCCCCUCGACGUCUUGUACGGCUUUGGGAAAGGUCCAUUUGCCUCGCUGCCCAUCCACCGGGCCAUGGACCGCGUCCACGCGGCGCUGGUUCGCAUGCGCUUCAACGCACUUCUCCACGGCUUUGGAACGUGGCUCGCACGCACCAUGGCACGUCGCGCGAUCGCUUUCCACAAUGCGGCCCUCUCCGUGCAAUGCGCGUGGCGUCAAGCUCUCGCCCGCCACGAGCGCCGGCUGCGACACCGGUUGCUACAGCAGCAGCGGCAGCGCGAGGCGAGUCUUCUCGCGCGGCUGCUCACGAAGAAGGACGCUGCAGCGCGCAUUCUCACUCGCACGCUUCGCCGCUACGCUGUUGCAUGCACCCGAGCGCGAUCAUGUGCGCGCAUCGAAGCUGCAACCCGCCUGCAGCGGUUCUACCGCCAGCGCACGGCGCGCUGGGCGCGCUUUCUCCAGCUUUUGCGGCACCGAAAGGAGACGGCGGCCGCGAUUCGAGUGCAGGCCCAAGUCCGUGGCUGGCUCGCCCGACGGCGGCGCACGCUACUGCGAAAGCUGGAUGCGGUGGCGCUGCGUGCGCACUAUGCAGCUGUUGUGGCCGCGACCAAAGCGUAUCAAUUGCGGCUUCUCGGCGCCGUGCUUCUCGUGCAGCGGACACUGCGCCGACGCCGGUUUGCGCGCAAGGCCAAAUUUGCCGCCAUGCGGCGACGCCAUGCCAAGAACGUCAUUACAGUCGUGCAGCUGCAAGCGUGGUGGCGCAUGGUCGCUGCCUAUCGCUCUCGUCGGCGGUAUGCGCUUCGUAUUGGACCCGCGGCCAGCGUCCUGCAACGUGCGUGGCGCCGGUAUCGAUCCCAGUGCCACUUGAAGCACCUCAAAGAAGCGCGCGCCAACGCCAUCAAGGCGCGCAAACUCGCCAAAAAGAAUUUCCGCAAGGACCAGCGCCAGCUCCUUCGGCAGCGGUCGCAAGCCAAAGGCGUCAACAAAUUGCUGCUGCAAGUCACCGACACCGUCACCAACGUGUUCCGCGAGCCGACGCUCGCGCAAAAGCACAAGGCGGCAACAACGCUCCAGGCUGCGUUCCGUGGCGCCAAGACCCGCCGCCGCGUGCGUCGACUCCGUGUGCGGUCGGACGAAGCGACGCGCCGGCGUCAUCGGCGACGACAGCACGUAGCGGCAACGACGAUCCAGCGCAUGGCGCGCGGCAUGCUCGGUCGAAUGCGCUACUGGCGGCUCAAGGUCCACGCCUAUGCGCGCCGGAUCCAAGUGCUCUUUCGCAGUCGCAAGGCGCGCCAGGCGAUCCUCGAUGUACAGCGCUACGUUCAUGCCGCGGGUCUCAUCAAGCGCCACUGGCUACAAAAGAAACGCCUUGUCGAGUUUCGACGCACGCGGCGGGCGGCGGUACGGAUACAGGCCAUCGCUCGCAGGUAUUUGCAGCAACGCGAUUACGUGCGUCUCGUGCAGAAGCGGCAGCGGCGGCUUGAACAGCAUGCCAUUGGCGCGGCGCGGCUACCCUCGACGCUGCGCUUCGUCCAGGACACGCUCUUGCUGUGGAGCUACCAGUUUCCGUACGUUGCGUCGUCCAAAACGGCGCCCAAUGCGAGCGUCCAACGACCGCUGCAGACACGCUUGGACGAUAAGACGACGUGGGUCGCUUCAGGGUGCUACGGCGUGUGGCAAAGCCUCUUUUUGGCGUUGUGUCGCUACGGCAACACGCCGGACGCGACCGAGAUGGACAACAUGCGCUUUUCCAAGUUCUUCAAGGACACGCCUGGCGCACUGCACAAGGUGCAUUUGCCGCUCCACGCGGUCGACGUGGCGUUCGCCAAAGUCAAAGUUGGCAAGGCGCGCUCGAUUCCGUUUGCGGCCUUUCACACGGCGAUGGGCAGCCUCCUCGCGGCGCGGUUUCCGGAUCCGACCUUGCAGCCGAGUUCGCGGUAUCUGCUCUUUCUGCAUAAAGUCGUGCUGCCGUCCAAGCUGGGCGAGCCGUUCCGACUGCAACUCGCGACCCUUGCCCUCGAGCGCGCGCACUGGGCAGCCCAUGUCAUCCAAAGCAUGGUCCGGCAUGCGCUCCAGCGCGCCCGCCGCGCCGCGUUCCUCGUUCGAUUCCGCGACGCCCAAAACCGGUGGCGCAGCCGCCGCGCCCGUCUCCAAUUCGAUGCGCUCGUCCGGGAGACGUACGUCGAGUACGUCAACGGCAAGUCGGGCGCCAAAUCCUACAAGAACCUCGUCACGGGCGUGACGACCUAUUCGCGGCCCGCGCUGCUGCGGGACAUGCCCCCCACUGUCUCGAUCCUAUUGCCGCCGCCCGACGAAGAGUACAUUGUGUACUGCAUGAAGCACGAGUCGCAGCCACGCGAGAAAGCCACCAUCUACUGCCUCGAGUGCGACGAUGCGGUCUGCGCCGACUGCUUCGCCCGCGACCACAAGCGCGCCGCGUUCACGUCGCAUGCAACGCUACCGAUCGAGCUCUGUCGCCUCUGCACGACGCAGACAGCGACGCGCCGUUGCAACCAGUGCAUGGACGGCGGCGCGCCGUACUGCGAUGCGUGCUACCCCCAUUACCACCGCACACGGCCACACACGUUCACGGCGCUCGUCGCGCUCUGCGUUGAGUGCCAAGCCAAGGCCGGCGCGUGGCGGUGCACGGUCUGCACCGACUAUUUUUGCAAAAAAUGCUACUCGAAUUUCCAUCGCAAGGGCCAGCGGCAGCACCACGGGAUCGAGCGCGUCGCGUACCUCCCGUUUGCGGCCAAGGCGAUUCUGGAUGCGCGGGCGACGGACGCGGCGCGGCUCGCGCAGGCGAGCGCCGUCGACAGUGUCGUGUCGGCGCAGCUCAGCGAGCUCGACGUCGCCAAGCAAGACAUUGCAGCGCGCAUGAUCCAAGCAGCGUUUCGCGCGAUGAAGGGACGCGUCGAGGGCAAGGCGUACAUGAAGCUGAUUCGACGGACCAACUGGAUCGUCCAGCAGCGGGUCAAGGACGAUGUGGUCCGGCGCGGCCUCGCCUACAAGCUCAAAAAAGCCAUUGGCGUCGCGGAGGUGCUGGCGUCCGAUACAGACGCCGAAGCUGCUGCGAUUGCCGCGCGCAAAGCGGCCAUCAAGGACGCGCUCGGGCUCUCGACGUAUGACAACAGCAACGGCCCACCACCAUGGUGCACGUAUGACGCGCCUGUGCUCAUCACGCGCGGCGAGUUCAAGUCGUGCGAGGCCACUAUUGUCUCGACCAACGCGCUUGUCGAUUCGGGAAAUGUACUCGUCUUUAUCGCCGAUGCACACAAGUCGGUGCUCAUGCCGCUUCGGGACCUCCGCCCGAUGGACCGCGAGAGUGGUGGCCCGAUGCAGCGAUUGACGCAGUCGCUCGCCGCGGCGUCCCAGAAGGUCCACGCCAAAGUACUCGCCAAGGUCGACGCGCAGAGCUUGGCGAUCAAGCUUUUGCACCACCGCACGGAAUUCAAAGACAUUGAGGAGCACGCGUGGCUGCCGUCCCGCGACCACGUGACGGGCGAGAACACGUAUUGGAACGUCGUCUCCAACUGCACGACCACGACCAAGCCGCGGACGCUCGCGGCGCUGGACACGAUGGAAGCAACGGCCAAGGCCGAGAUGCGCGACCAGGUCUUGGCCGCCAAGACGAAGCUCACUGCGCUUUUACGCAAGACGGACCGCGGCGCGGGCGACCGCCGAGGCAGCUUUGAUGCGGCAGUUUUGGACGCCACCGAGGUGCGCCGGCUUCACGAUGCGCUGUUCUGGGCCGACCACAUGCAUGGCCACCCGCGGCUUGGAAAGAAGGCGCAGGACCUCACCAACCACCUCAGUACGACGCAGUUGAUGCAUGUUGUCCAGUUCUUCAAUCGACUCCAAAGCGCCGUGGCGGCGGACCAAUGGGACGCGUCCUUGCUGCAGCUCGUGGGCCUUCCGCGCGAUGCCAAGGUGCAGUUUGCGACGCAGUGCGCCGAGAUGGGCAUCCAGGACGGCAUCGCGUCGCUCGAGAGUCUCGCCGGCGCCAAGACCAAGAAAGCAGCUGCCGCCGACGACGCCGACCGCACGGAAUAGAAC